GUUCACUACAUAAUCACUACAGUCACUACAUGUUCACUACAGUCACUACAUGUUCACUACAGUCACUACAUGUUCACUACAGUCACUACAGUCACUACAGUCACUACAUAAUCACUACAGUCACUACACAAUCACUGCACAGUCACUGCACAAUCACCGCAUAACCACUCAUUGCCGGAUGCUGCGCCGUCGACGGUCGGAGUUGCGGGAGUGCCUCGGGUCUGUGCGCACUCGUCUUCAGAAAUGUCGACGGCUGCUGCACGCGGGCAACACCGUUAUUGACGCCCUCGACGCCCUCGACGCCCACACGCGGCUUCGCCAUGGCCGUCCCCCGCGUGACCCGCAACAGGCUCUCGCCGACGGCGCACCUGCUGCGCAACUCGCGCCUCUUCGCGCUGCCCAACCCGCUGCCGCGCCCCGUCGUGGGCGAGACGACGGGCGCCGGCGUCACCAAGGCGUCCGACUCUGCGACGCUGCCGUACCCGACGCACCAGGCCAUCACGACGACCAAGAGCUCGCGCGCCCGCGGCGACUGGGGCCUGAAGCGCAACCUGCCCGCGCGCUCGCACCUGCUGCAGACGAGCGACCCCGUGCUGCGCAUCGCCCAGCUCGACACCAUCGAGGACGUGACCGACUUCGACUCGGCCGCCGACCAUGUGCGCACCCGCCAGAAGUGGGAGCAGAUGGCCGUGCCCAUGAUGCGCCACGUCGCCGGCCCCGAUGUCACCGGGCCGGCCCCGCCCAGCGCCUUUGAGCCCCGCGACGACACCACCUCGUACCGCCGCGCCGGCCUGGACGAGAGCGGCCUGUUCCUGCGCGCUCUGCGCGAGAACAAGCGCGCCCGCGAGUACCGCCAGUGGCGGGCCGAGGGCCGCGAGCAGCAGUUCACCCCCUUCCAGCCGCCGCCCGUCAGCGGCGACGUCCACAACACGCGCCGCUGGAAGCACGACGGCCCCUGGCUGCCCGGCCAGAGCGCCGACGACUUCUCCGCCUACCUGGCCAAGGAGAUUGCGAAGCGCCGCCGCGAGUUCAACGAGCACCUCGUCGAGUUUGUCAAGAACGAAAUCUACACGACCCGCCAGCUGGCCGCCGCCCGCGCCGGCGACCUCGCCCCAAUGGACGAAGCCGAGGCGCAGGCCUGGCAGGCGGCGCGCGAGAAGGAGUGGGCCGCCAUGACCCCCGACGACGUGGCCGCGGGCAUCAAGGCCCUGCGCAAGGAGACGGCCCUCGACCCGCUGCGCUCCAAGCUCGUCACCAAGCUCAUCACCCCCUUUCUGCGCCUCCCGCCCGUCAGGGACAAGAACAGCCGCUACCAGCAGCACGACUCGCGCCGCGACUACGACAACUACAUCAUCGACCCCGAGCGCGCCCCGACCUCGACCCACCCCUCGGCCGGCCUGGGCUACCUGCGCACCCGCGCCUACCUCGCCUCGCACCCCAUCCUGGGCCCGCAGGCCAGCCCCGCGCCCGUCACCUCGCGCGUCCUGCAGCCGCGCCUGACCGCCUUCAGCAGGGACAACUACGCCCGCCUCGGCGUCGGCGGCUUCGUCACCCUGGACCAGCACCUCGGCCAGACGGGCUCGCGCGCCGACCACCACGCCGUCGUGCGCGACGUCGAGACCAUUGACAUCACCACCCCCGGCGGCAAGAAGAUGCCCGUCAACCCGCUGUUCGCAGCCGUCUCCAACGACGGCCGCGUGCACCUCAAGGUCCGCCGCGCCUCGGGCGCCGAGGCCGCCGUCGCCCGCGGCGCCCUAAACGACGUCACGCCGCCGCUUGAGCAGGCCGGGCAGGGCAUCGAGUUUGGGAGUCGGAGGAGGGGGUUCAAGGGAUUUGCGCGACCCGGCGAGAAGAGCGGCGUGCGCGCGCUGGACGAGCUCGGUGCUGCGGGGAGGGCGGACGGGGCGAGUGAGCUGCUCGAGACGAGCGCGCAGGCGCGGCUGUUCCAGGACUUUGUGCGCGCGCCCCGUGCCGAUACGGCGACGGAGCCGUUGUAGAGCGUGCCUGUGUACUUUUAUGGUGCUAGUGUACUUGUAUAGUCGUACUCGCUCGAGCGGGAUUCUUCACCACCUCUUCUCGCCCCGUCGAGUCUUGUCACCACUUUGUGCUAGUCUUGCCACGAUUUCGUAGUAGUCUUGUCACCACUUUGUGCUAGUCUUGCCGCCGUUUCGUAGUAGUCUUGUCGCUAUUUCUUAUUCCUUCUCAGUUCGCACUCAAACCACCAUCUUCCCCUCCCCCCAUCUUCCACCUCACCUCAACUCACCUCAACUCACCUCACCUCACCUCACCUCACCCCGCCUCACCCCGCCUC